AUGACGGGCCAGAACACCGAAGAUCAGGAGCGCGAACGAACGCUGCAGGACAUUCUGCGCGACGUGAAAAAACCUCACAUUCGGCCCCGCCACGCUUUGUUGGAACAGCCUGUGCCGGUGAUGCGCCCAGGCCCGUGCACAGGUCCGUGCACGGGCCCGGUUGCGGGCCCGGUAACGGGCCCGGUCACGGCGCCCGUGUCGGUCCGCGCAGCGGCGCCGAUGCCGGUGCCGUUGGUGCGGGCCGGGGGCGGCGCGCCGCCCAGUGGACCCCGGCUCCCGCUUCAGGGGUACCCGCUGCAGCUGCUCAUACCGCCUGUGCGACCGGGCUCCAUUCGGCCGGGGCCGCUGCGGCAGGCCCCGGCCCCGCCCUUGCCUACCUCUGCAUCCACGACCACGCGAUUGUCCCUUGCGACGGCGGCGCCCGCGGCGCCGGCGGCUACGGGCCCGACGCGGCCGCUGAGCCCGCCGCACGCCCACCGGUGUGCCGUGUGUAAGAAGCGGUUCUCGCGGCCCAGCGCGCUGACCACGCACUUGCUCACGCACACGGGCGCCCAGCCGUUCCAGUGCGACGUAGUGGGCUGCGGCAAGCGGUUCAACGUCAAGAGUAAUCUCGUGCGCCACAAGAAAAUCCACGCGAAGCGUCACGGUAGCGGUGCCUCUGGCGGUGCCUCCGGCGGUGGCCCCAGCGCCUUCGGCGGCAGCGCCGGUACGAGCGGCAGCGAGCAGUCGCCUCCGAGGCAAGAAGACGCCACCACACCGGGCUCGGCCGCGGGCGGGGGCUUGGGCACGUGA